GACAUGCAUUCGCCAUUUUGCUGGUUGUGUGUGUGUGAGAGAGCGUGUGUGUGUGGGCUGCUCUCGACGAGGAUACCUCCGUUGCUCCCAAACACCCGUCAGUCCUUAUUUCAUGUAAAGAUGUCUGCAGUCAGAGGAGGUUAGCUGCCCCGGGAGAAUGACACGGACAUUUGGAGACGACGUAACAUUAGACAGCCUUGUCGAGCGUCACCGAAGGAGACCGAGGGAAAUGCUGGCUUGACAAAUAGAAGAGUGGUUUUCCAUCAACAGCCACUCAGGAUGAAGGCUCCAACAACAGCGGAGGAAUAUUACUAUCCUCGAAGGAUUGUGUUUGCCUCUCUGGAUUCUCAUUUUUGACCAUAUUUAUAACACCAUCAAUGAUGAUACCAGGAUUGAUCUCCCAGGAGUUACACAAGCAGCUUCUGGACCCAAAGAAUUACCAAAAUCGUACAAAUGGUGUGGAAGAGCUCAAAGGCAUCGUCUCAGAAGUGGACAUUAAGUCGGUCCCAUCUGAUAGUAUCGAGGACUUCAUUAAUUUCAUUCCUCGGCUUCUGGAUGACAGUAAUUUUAAAGUGUUGUACAGCACCUUGCAAGUUUUAAACUUACUCAUCCAGAAGCUAGAUGCAAGCGUAGAGAAAUAUUUUAAACAGUUAGUCUUAGUGGGUCUUAAGGCCAUCGGGGACGCUCGCACGAUCGCCAGGAAUGAAUACAUGAACGUGUUUCGACAAUUAAUGAAAACUGUUGCACCGCAGCAAGUAUUAGAUCUUAUUAUUGGCAACUUGAAACACAAAAAUUCCAGGGUUCGUGAAGACAUCCUUAACAUCAUCAUUGCAGCUAUGCUGGUCCAUCCUAGGAGAGAUUUCAACAUCCCCAAGCUUUGUUUUGAGGUUGCACCAUAUCUGGCAGACAGCAAAAGGAAAGUCCGCCAUGCUGCCCUUGAGCUGUUUGCUGUUUUUGAUUAUUGCCUUGACACGGGGAAGAAGCAGCCUCUGAUGAAAGCUGUGGACAUGGUUGAACUCAAUGAGGAUGCAGAGGGUCUUAUGGCAGCUGUUCAUGCCAGGCGGGCAAGGCAUAUCCUCCCAAAACUCUCCGCAGAUGGGACAGUGGAGUAUGGUUUAGUUGUACCCAAACCAGGGCAGAGGUCAUCGCUGCAGUGCGGCUCUGGAGCUGAUCUGGACUGGGUGAUGAACGGUGGGCGAGUAAGCAGUGCCAGGAGCCACAGAACUGAACCGGACUGUGACAGAUUGUACGGCUAUGGCAGUUUAGGCUCCCUCACGGAUGACCUUCCAUUUCAAAGGAGGAUCGUAAGCGCGGGCAAAGGAAAAAACAAACUACCCUGGGAGAUGUCAAGCUUUUCAUCCACGGAGAAUGACCACCAGUGUCGUACACCUAAUGGAAAGUGCUCUCAACAGGUGGCCAGUGAAGGGUUUCUUCCCCUGUCCAGGAAGCUGAGUCCAGAGACCUACAUACCUAGUUUCAGUUCUGUAGAUCCACAGAGGCAACACUCAUCCAGAAGGCGGGAAUCCCCCGCUCACAUUAGGAGAAGUGGAAGCCUCAACUUAGACCCUGACAUCUUUAAAACCACCACCGUCUCAGACGCAGAUGUCGUCACACGCAAGGGGCACACACUUCCAAGGAACCCCAGUGUUGAGCGCACAUUUUCCCUUCCCUCAAACCCCACCACAUCUGGCUCAUUCCUACUGCCCUCCUACCCACUGGCUACACUCCCAGGAGGCAUGCUUACUCCAACACUGUCCCGUCGCCAUGGAGAUACCUCUCUGUCAAUGUCCAACACCUGGCCCAACAAGAGAGAGAGCAGCCCCAACCAGCGAGACAUCAGCCCCAGGAGAGACACAGCAGACACCACAAAGGGAGACCAUCCCUCAAGUAGAUGUUCUCCCAGGCCUCUCCGUGCCUCUCUUGUGAGUUCUUCUUCCACUUCGUCAUUCCGUCGGGCUCUGAGCAGUACCAGGACAACCUUCUGCAUCUCACCAGUAGUCCCUCCAGUAGAGCAGAUCCAGUCUUAUAAUGAGCAGAGGUCCAAUGCUCCAGGCAGCCCUCAGAAUCCGCCUGCAGAAAAGAGCCUUCACCUUGAGCCGGAUAGUUUCAGCGCAGUGCAGGAUACUCAAGAGGAUGAUCCUCCGGACAUGCAGGAGAUGCUUAACUCUUUGCGCUCAUUGCGCAACAGUGCUGCCAAGAAGAGGGCCAAAGUGAGCCUGAGCAGUCCAGGUCCAGGCAGUCCGGACUCCGCGGUGAGGUUAGACCUGAGUCUGGGCUCGCAGUCACUCAGCUCCCAGAAGCUUACCAGUUCAACCAGUGAAAGUGGUCUUUCGAGUUUGAGCUCGGUCACCAACUCCAGCUCCAGUAGCAUCAAAAACAGCAGCCCUGGAAUGAAAAUUCGCACCGCAAGAGUUCCUGAUGCAAAACUGAGGCCUUCUGUGUCCAUGGACUUCAGCAGCCUUCAAGGGUUAUCUCAGAGAAAUGAACUGUCAUCCGAGGAGUGUGUUGUUGGACAGAGAGUCGCUUACUCCAACGGAACAUUUAAAACUGAGGAGGAGACGACGCAAACAUCCCCUGUAUUGGUCAAACCUGAAUAUCGUGAAGCGACCAGGGGGUUAAAGCCUGUCAAAGGGUCACAGAGCCACGGCAGCAGGAACUCAGCAGGCACAGAUGUGCCUGAAGGAAUCAUUGGAAGAGGCAUGUUUGGCACUGCAGUAUCCAGUCGUCCAGGAGAAGCCUUGUCACUUGAGCAGGGUGACGCAGUCACCAAACCCCCCGCCGUUAACUCAGCUGGCGUCUCUAGCCUUGCUCCGUCCGACGGCGUCAUUGACCGCGAUGGCAGCCCGCGUCCUGACGAGAUACACGAGAGGGUGAAGGAUGCUAAGUUCAGCCGGGACAGGCUUCGGCUGCAGCGCCUGGAUCAACAAGAGGGACAAUGUGGACACGGGGACAACACACGAGACAAGAUCCGCCACCGCGUAAGACAGAUGUUGUCGGAUUCACCAACCAAGGAGGAUGGAGGAUUAAUCAUGAAAGAUUUGCAUCUGAGCAGCAGCAGAAUACUCAGCCCAGUGAGCCCACCCGGAUCCCAGACCCCUCUCAAGUGCCUCUCUCCACCCCACCAACCAAGCCCGCCCACAGUGCCCCCUAACCCUAAAAACAUGUCACGGCUCAGGAGGGCUCCCAGCCUCAGCAGAACCCGACCUUCAUUGUCACAUAGCUCAGAUGAGCUGUCCUCCGGCACCGUGGGCCACAAGAAAAACCUGUCAGAGCCUGGGGAGCUGUCCUCGUUUUCCAAACCUGACCUGGCACUGACUGAGAGCUUCAACCUGCUGAGCUCUGAUGACUGGGAAAAGAAAAUUGAGGGUCUGACAUUCCUGCGCUCACUGGCCAACUUCCACUCAGACACACUUCAGGGCAGGCUUCAUGAUGUUUGCCUGGCUCUCAUUCAAGAGGUGAAGAACCUGCGCUCUGGUGUGUCCAGGGUGGCAGUGUGCACUCUGGGUGACCUGUACACACACAUGCAGAAGGCCAUGGACCAGGAGCUGGAGGGGACAGUCAAAGUUCUCCUGCAGAAGGCGGGGGAGACCAAUGCCUUCAUUAGACAGGACGUCGAUGCAGCCUUGGACUGCAUGGUGCAGAACUGCACCCCCACUCGUAGCAUCAAUGCUCUACUCAGUGGAGGCCUCAGUCACCUCAAUGCAGUGGUGAGGAAAUGCACUGCUCAGCAUCUGGCCAGUCUGGUGGAGAAGGUUGGAGCUGCCCGUCUUCUCUCUGGGGGUAAAGAUCUCACCGAGAGGAUUUUACCCGCCGUCACCAAACUUGCUCAAGACUCCUCACAGGAAGCCAGGUACUUUGGCCGACGGAUGUUGCUGUCCCUGUCCUCUCACCCCGACUUUGACAAGAUCCUGGAGAAAUAUGUCCCCAACAAAGACCUGCCGACUGUUAGAGACACUGUCUUCACCCUCAAGACAAAGGGUCUUGGCGAAAUGCCCCAAGAUACACAAUCGGCCAGGGGAAGACGUUCCCUCCCGGGCAGCGGCACAGUCAGAGCCUCGUCUCUCACCAGGGAGCCUCUGACCCAGACCAACAGGGAGUCCACGAGCCACUAUAGCUGUCGAUCUCAGACACAAAGUAUCGCAGACAAGACCGAAUACAUCAAACAGAUCUCUGGUCUGCUGGGCUCAAAGGACUUCAGAGAGAGGAUCAAGGGAAUCGACCAGCUAGUGACCGACUGCCAGCACAACGCCAACAUGGUCAUCAGUAGUAUAUUCCCGGUGUUUGAUGCCUUCAAGGCCAGGCUGCAGGAGUCCAACAGCAAGGUCAACCUGCAUGCCCUGGAGUCACUGCAGAAGAUCGUCCACUCAAUGAAGGACAACCUGUCCCAGGUGGUCAACAUCCUGGUCCCGGCGAUCGUGGACAAUCACCUCAACUCCAAAAACAACGCUAUCUACUCUGCUGCUAUUGGAGCCAUUAAUGCACUUAUCCUGAAUCUCGAUAAUAUACUCCUUCUCCAGCCUUUCUGCACCAAGGCUCAGUUUCUAAAUGGCAAAGCAAAGGUGGAUCUGAUUGAAAAGGUUGCAGACCUCGUGACGGAGCUCUACCCCCGCAAACCUCAGGUGGUGGAGCAGAAAGUGUUGCCCUUGCUGUGGCACCUCCUGGGCACGUCUACCCACAGCGGCACCAUUCACGGCCGUGGCGGCAGCGUGAGAGGAGCCACCGCUAAUCUGUGCCAAGCCCUUUAUGCACAGAUGGGGUCAAACCUGAGUGAAUGCGCUGCCUCGCAGCCUGCCAGCGUCCACAAAGGUUUGAACGAGUUCCUGAGGGCCUCAUCCUGAAGGUAACGCUGAAAUACGACCCCAACCAAAAUGUCGGAAGAGGGAACAACCUUUGACGCUGACCUUACUUGAAGAUGGAGAUGUUCUACAUUUCUUACAGUGCCUGCACUUUUAUAUCAAAAAAAAGAAAAGAGAAAAAAAAAGCCCUUAAAAAUUAGGAGCUCUUGAUUCUUAUCUCAGUGAGAUUAUUCCUCUGGUACAGAAACAUGAACAACUUCAACAUACUGACAUCAGGUCUUAGGCUACGUCCACACGACUGUGUUUUUCAUUUGCAUUUUCCAGACAAAUAGGCGAGAUCUGCUUCCAUACUUCAAUGUAAAAUUGUAGUUUACAUUGUUUCAUCAGUUUCAGAAACCAUUUCUUUUUACAGGUGAUUAAAAAAUCUCCAACCUGCACAUCACUACAUCCACAGCAGUUAUAUCGUUUCUGCCUGUCCUGCAGCUCUGGAGUAAAACACCGGGCUAAUGUGGAACGCAGGUAUACUCCCCCUGAAAACAAAGACGCGUGGACGUAGCCUUACACGUACUCAACCUGCUCUCUUUGCACUUUUGAAAAGGUAGCUCAUUAUGAUAAAUGUCCUCUGAAUUUUUCGUUAUUCCGUCCUAUUACUGUCACUACCCCACACACACACACACACACACACACACAAACACAAUCUAAACAUGUACUGUAGACAAAUCAGAGACACUAUUAGAGAAUGUACGAUUGAAAUGCACACAAGAAGAAGGAAGAAGACAGGGAAUUAAAAAAAAUUGUAUAUUUUUGCUGUUUUAUCAAAUGUGUUGUAAUAUUUUUAAAGUAGAUGUUUUAAGGGUGAACUCGAAAUAGUACAAAAUAUGUUUGUACAGCUCGGAUGUGUAUUUGCACAGUAUUAAUCAGAUGCUGGUCGAUGGUACAAAUUAUCGGGGUUUCUUUUGUUUGUUUUUUUAAAGUCCUGUUUUGAUGACGUGUGAUGAGUUGAAACUUUUUUUGCAUGACCAAAAUUCUACUGGCAAAAUCAAAAACUGUUUUCUAUUUUUCGUUGAGAGAUUGUAAGGGGGACACACACAGUGAGGGAGUAAAACUUUACUCCUGUGGUUGAACCGAGGGACGGCGAAGGCUCGGAGGCUCAGAUCUGUCUCAGUAUAGUGCCAGUCUUUAAGUAGCCUUUGAAUUUUUGUUGUUACAUUAUAUCCGACUUGUUUGUGAACAAGAGCAGAGGCAGAUUGAUAUAUGAAUGUAAAUAAAAAAAAAAGGGUUUUAUUUCUGUAAAAUGAACUUGCUGGUGCAUCAUUCUAACUGUUAAAUGACAUCCUAACAAAAAACUCA